AUGGCCCUUCCAGCCCUGGGUCUGGACCCCUGGAGCCUCCUGAGUCUUUUCCUCUUCCAACUACUGCUGCUGUUGCUGCCGCCUACAACUGCAGAAGGUAGUGGGCAGGAGCCUGUGCCCAGGGUCAGAUACUAUGCAGGGGAUGGUCGCAGGGCGCUUAGCCUCUUCCAGCAAAAGGACCUCCGGGAUUAUGACAUUCUGCUCCUGAGUAAUGAUGGAAACACUCUUUUUGUGGGGGCUCGAGAGGCCAUCCUGGCCUUAAAUAUCCAAGAUCCAGGGGUCCCAAGGCUACACAACAGGAUACCCUGGCCAGCUAGUGAUAAAAAAAAGAUGGAAUGUGCCUUUAAGAGGAAAAGCAAUGAGUCACAGUGCUUCAACUUCAUCCGGGUCCUGGUCUCUUUCAAUGCCACCCAUCUCUACACCUGUGGCACCUUCGCCUUCAGCCCUGCGUGUACCUUCAUUGAACUCAAAGAUUCCAAACUGAUGCCCAUCUUGGAGGACAAUAUCACAGAGGGGAAAGGCCAAAGCCCCUUUAAUCCAGUCCACAAACACACGGCUGUCUUGGUGGAUGGGAUGCUGUAUUCUGGCACCAUGAACAACUUUCUGGGCAGUGAUCCCAUUCUGAUACGCACACUGGGCCAUCCUGUCCUCAAGACCGACAACUCCCUCAACUGGCUGCAGGCUGAUGCCUCCUUCGUGGCAGCCAUUCCUUCGACCCAGUUUGUCUACUUCUUCUUUGAGGAGACGGCCAGCGAGUUUGACUUCUUCGACAAGCUCCACACGUCUCGUGUGGCCCGAGUCUGCAAGAACGACGUGGGCGGUGAGAAGCUGCUACAGAAGAAGUGGACCACUUUCCUGAAGGCCCAGCUGCUCUGCGCCCAGCCUGGGCAGCUGCCUUUCAACAUCAUCCGCCACGCAGUCCUGUGGCCUGCAAAUUCCUCCCCCGCCUCCCACGUUUACGCAGUCUUCACCUCCCAGUGGCAGAUCAGUGGGACCAAGAGUUCUGCGGUCUGUGCCUUUUCUCUCACGGACAUCGAACGUGUCUUUGAGGGGAAAUACAAGGAGCUGAACAAAGAGACUUCACACUGGACCACUUACAUGGGCUCUGAGACAAACCCUCGGCCAGGCAGCUGUUCCGUGGGCCCAUCCUCCGAUAAAGCCUUGACCUUCAUGAAGGACCAUUUCCUGAUGGAUGAGCAGGUGGUAGGGACACCUCUGCUGGUGAAGUAUGGUGUAGAGUACACAAAACUUGCGGUGGAGACAGCCCAAGAUCUGGAAGGGAACAGCCAUCUGAUCAUGUACCUGGGCACCACCACAGGAUCACUCCAUAAGGCGGUGGUAAGCAACAACAGCAGUGCUCACCUGGUGGAGGAGAUCCAACUGUUCCCUGCCCCUGAGCCUGUUCGAAACCUACAGCUGGCUCCCACCCAGGGUGCAGUAUUUGCAGGCUUCUCAGGUGGCAUCCAAAGGGUGCCCCGAGCCAACUGUAGCGUCUAUGAGAGCUGCGUGGACUGUGUCCUUGCCCGGGAUCCCCACUGUGCCUGGGACCCCGAGUCCCGAACUUGCCGCCUCUUGUCCAUCCCUGUCCCGAAGUCCUGGAAGCAAGACAUAGAACGAGGAAACCCAGGAUGGGCAUGUGCCAUCGGUCCCAUGGGCAGGAGCAACCAGCCUAAGAGCCGUCCCCAGAUCAUUAAAGAAGUCCUGGCUGUCCCCAACUCCAUCCUGGAACUCCCCUGCCCUCACCACUCAGCCUUGGCCUCCUAUUGCUGGAGUCAUGGGGCAGCAACAAUCCCAGAAGCCUCUUCCACUGUCUACAAUGGCUCCCUCUUGCUGCUACUGCGGGAUGGGGCAGGGGGUCUCUAUCAAUGCUGGGCCACUGAGCAUGGUUUCUCCUACCCUGUGGUCUCCUAUUGGGUGGACAGCCAGGACCAGCCCUUGUCUCCGGACCCUGAACUGGCAGGCAUUCCCCGGGAGCGUGUAGAGGCCCCAUUGACCAGGGUUGGUGGUGGGGCUGCCCUGGCGGCCCAGCGGUCCUACUGGCCCCACUUCCUCACAGUCACUGUGCUCCUUGCAUUAGUACUCUCUGGAGCCCUCAUCUUCCUCCUUGCCUCUCCUCUGGGAGCACUCCGAGCUCGGGGAAAGGUCCAGGGCUGUGGGACCCUGCCCCUGCCCCCUGGGGAGAAGGCCCCACUAAGCAGGGAGCAGCCCCUCAAGCUUCCCAAGGAACACAGGACCUCUGCCAGUAAUGUGGACGCUGACAACAACCACCUGGGCACUGAGGUGGCAUAA